GUAUGAGGAGCCCACUGGAAACAGUAACUCCAUAGGCAAAAGCCGAAAGAAAGAGAGAGAAAGAGGGUACCCAAUUUAUUCCAAGUCUUCACCUCCACACAAUCGCCCCCAUUUCCUCUCGCUCUCUCUCUCUUCAAUCGUAACAAUAAAAUCCCCUCCAACCAACCACCGGUCUGAUCGAGGAUCUACUUCUUCUCUGAUUUUUGAAACUCAGGUCUCGCGAUGGCUUCAAAGCGGAUCUUGAAAGAACUCAAGGAUCUCCAGAAGGAUCCUCCUACAUCUUGCAGCGCUGGCCCUGUUGCUGAAGACAUGUUUCACUGGCAAGCAACAAUUAUGGGUCCUCCGGACAGUCCUUAUGCUGGUGGGGUUUUUCUUGUUACCAUCCAUUUUCCUCCUGAUUAUCCAUUCAAGCCACCUAAGGUGGCAUUUAGGACAAAGGUUUUCCACCCAAAUAUAAACAGCAAUGGGAGCAUAUGCCUUGACAUCUUGAAGGAGCAGUGGAGCCCUGCCCUAACCAUUUCCAAGGUGUUGCUUUCAAUCUGUUCUUUGUUGACGGACCCAAACCCCGAUGAUCCGCUGGUGCCAGAGAUUGCUCACAUGUACAAGACAGACAAGAACAAGUAUGAGACAACUGCAAGAAGCUGGACUCAGAAGUAUGCCAUGGGCUGAGCAUGCUAUGGUAUGGUAUGUCUGAGGGGGGAGGCGCUUUUUCUUGCUAAUACUUUUAGUUCUAUAUGUAUGAAUGAAGUCUGAACUUCCUCUUGAAUCCUGAAAUGGACAGAGAGGUGUUGAAAACAUGCCCUUGAAAGGAGGAAAACAAAGAUAUUGCUUUUAAUUGUUUGUACUACUAGUUUUUAAUCUUCGUAACCAAGUAUGUUUGCCAAAUCUAGAGGUUUACGACUCCCCCAGUCAUUAACAGAGAUGGUACCUCACCACUUCUUGUUACUGACAUAUUUUUAUGCAAAUGGUUUCUCUUCUGCCGGUUAGAUUAAAGAAAAUAAAUAAAUAAGGACAGAGUGAAGGA